AAUUUGAACGAGAAGGCACUCGAUCCACAGCGUCGAUACUAAAUACUCCAAGUCGAAACCGACAUCCACUCUCUUCGCCAAGAUGUUCAAGUUCGUCGUCCUCGCCGCCCUCGUGGCCGUCGCUUCUGCCGCUCCUGGAGGCCUUCUGGCCGCCCCCUACGCCAUCCCUCACUCAGUACCCGUCGCCACCAGCUACGCCAACACCUAUAAGGUAUCCGUGAAGAGCCCGAUCAUCGCCGCCGCCCCAGCCCCCAUUGCCUAUUCUCACCCCAUCGUGGCCGCUGCUCCAGCCGCUUACCCUACGCCGCCCCCGCCUACGUCCAAUCCGCCCCCCUGGCCUACGCCGGGUACGGAGCAGCCUACAUCCAUUGAAGACCUGGACGAAAACCCAGCUGGAUUUGGAACGUACUUUGAGGGACUUUCUCUAUCCAGAGACAAAAGUCACGUUUGGGUCUGGCUGUCGUCGGUCGAAGAUGCUGAGAGUUCUAAUAUCUGUUCUAAAGCUGUUAAGAAUAUACCACGAUUGAUCGCUGAGCCAACUUCACAGAUGCUAGAAAUGGAGGUUGGAGAUCCCUUUAAUAAAACUGAUCAAAAAUUGAAAAACACAUUCUUCGAAGACCUUGACUUGCUCCCGGACCUUAGAUCGCACUUCAAGGACAGUCUGGUGUGUCGAUUUACUGCCACCAUACCAAGAGCACCAUCCAGAAAUUCAUUGUUCACAAAUACUUGUGCUCAAGCAUACCGUCGCGUAAAUCUUGAAGGUGAGAUAAUAUCUGAGGUUCAGUUCAACGGAGGUGUGAAAUUACAAGCUUACAAAGUAAAUUUUAAAUUUAGUACAGGUGCAUUGACUCGCGGAAUACCUUCGGAUGCAAUUAUAUGUAGAAACUCGAUAAGCUGCAUCAUUGCGGCAGAAACGGGGCAGAAUUAUUCAAUUCCAAAGGACAUUGAAUAUUUCGAAUUAAAGAAGAUUCAUGAUACGAUUAUUUGUGCCUUAUAUCACCUAGGAAGAAAGAGAACCCAGCCCGAGUUGGCGAACUCGUCGUCGAAGGUCUCGGUCCCGGACGACGACGCGCUCCUAUAUAAACGUCGCGAGAGCUCUACGGAGCAGAUCAGUCUCAGGUUAAACUUAAACCAAACGCCCAAACAAAUCCAAAUCAACAUGUUCAAGCUGGUCGUCUUGUCCGCUUUCGUAGCCGUCGCCUUCGCCAGGCCGAGUGCUCACCACGCGCUGGUCGUCAGUCCGGCAGUCGUCGGUAGUCUCGUCUCCGAGAAGACGGUGGAGUCUCAUGGAAACACGGUGGUGCACAGCUCCGCACCGGUGGUUCAUGCCGCGGUACCUGCCGUCGCAUACGCCGCAGCCGCCCCCUUGGUAGCCGCCGUCCCCGCCGUCCCCGCCGUCCACGCCGUCCACGCCGUCCACGCCGUGCCCCAGGCUCACCUCGUCUCCGAAAAGACGAUCGAGUCCCACGGAAACUCGGUGGUCCAUGGAACAGCACCUGUCCUUUCGUACGCCGCCGCUGUCCCCGCAGUCAGAUACGCCGCCGCCGUUCCCGUCGCCCCACACUCGGCCCUCAUUUCUGAGAAGUCCGUCUCCAGCUACGGACACAGCGUCGUCCACCACGCAGCUCCGGUCGUCCACACCUUGGCCGCAGCCCCGGCACUGGCUUACUCGGCUUACGCUCACCCCGCGGUCAGCGUUUGGUAAUCAUCUUGACCCCGACGACUGCUGCGAUACGAUGGUCUGGAGCUGUGAGCUAGAGCUGCGAGGAUGCAUCGGUAUAAGUGUUAUUGAGAUGCUCUAGCGUGUGUUUAGCACUGAACAUGCAGCUUGAACCAUUUCAACUAUUGUUGUUCUAUCGACAUUCGUGACGAGGCUGCAGUAUGUUAAGUUACUUGUUUUUAAGUACCUAACACGGCGCACCUCGAAUGGCAAUGUCGAUUAUUGGACGCUGCAAGGUCGGCAGUCUUAAUGUAAUACGUGAAAGAGGCCCACCUAAGCAACGCCUAAUUAUAAACAGUUGAUUCAUUAUAUUCAUAAGUUUGGAAACCUGACCGUAUCGAAAUUUCUAAAUCUAGGUAUUCAAUUACAUUGAUAAUUAAACUUGACCAGUUUUGUAUCGCAUGGUUAUAAUAAUAACUUUUUGCAACUCAUGGAAAAAUAAAUCGUAUCAUGUCGAUAGUACCUCAA